AUGUACAGCUCCAGCGGGAUCAACCCAGCGGCCUUCACCAACGGCCUCUAUGGCGCCUCCUCGAUGCAAGCCAGCGUCAUCCUCGACCAACCCGGCAACGUCUCCUUCACGAACCUCGACACCAUUAGCGGCCGCGUCGUGGUGCGCAGUGUGAAGUCCGCCGAUGUCUCCGCCAUCGUGGUCAAGCUGGAAGGCGAGUCUCGGACCCGGCUCAUGAGUCGCCCGGAUCAGCCUGGAGAGCGACCGAAACCCCUCGUCGAGUAUCACAAGAUUUUGUAUCGCGUGCAGACGGUUUUCCCGCCCAGUGAGGUUGCGAGCCAGGCGGGUGGAAAGGCGUCGUAUACGUUGCCGCAGGGGCAGCAUGAGUACCCGUUUAGUUUUAAGGUCGGUUGUAUUCCCAUGGAGAGGAAACUUGGGAAGAAGCUUACUGUGAAGACAAAGAUCCCGUUUAAUAAUACCUGCUCUACGAAUCAGCAGAUGCCUAUGAUGGUUGGCCUGGAGGCUCGGCCGGCUACGAGACAUGUUAAGAAGACUCUUCCGCCGACGCUGAGCGGGUUUCCCGGAGAGGCGGAGAUCAGGUACUUUGUCAAGGUUACGGUCAAUCGACAUUCGAUAUUCAAGGAGAAUCCGCGAGCUUAUGCGCCUUUCAACUUCUUCCCGAUAGAGCCACCACGGCCGCUGCAUUCUUCUUCCGAGAUAUAUGCUCGGCAGAAACACAAGUUCGAUUCUUUUGGCGAUGACGGGGUCAAGGAGAAGAUGAAGGGCAUUUUUGGGAAGAAGUCUUCCAGCGUUCCGAACUCGCCCAUUAGUUCUGGCCAGACACCUGCGAUCAGCGUCGAUGCGAGAUUACCAGAACCGGCCAUCUUGACUUGCAACAGCGACAUCCCAUUGAGGCUACUCGUGAAGAAAAUGAGCGACUUCAACGAUCAGAUCUAUCUCCAGUCAUUACAAAUUUCACUUAUCGGGCACACGAAAGUACGAGCACACGAAGUCUUCCGGACUGAAAGCAACAGCUGGAUCAUCUUGAGCAGAAGUAACAUGGGCAUUCCAAUCAACUUUCCGACAGGCGGCACAGAAUCAGAAGCAAUGCUGAACAACAUCUGGCGAGAACAGGUAUUACCCAACACAGUCGCUCCAACUUUUGAGACUUGCAAUAUCGAGCGCUCGUACCAGCUAGACAUGCGGGUAGGACUGGGUUAUGCUGGCAGCUCGGCAAAGCCACAGAACGUCGUCCUCCCCCUCCGACUCAACAUCCUCGUCUUCUCCGGCAUCGCCCCACCACCCGAGCUCCUCGCCCGCAUCGCCAACGCCAAAACCAAACCCGCCGCCCCUGUAAACGAAAAGCUCAAAAUGGAAGGUCGACAAGAUCCCGACUUUGGCGCGAACCAAAUCCCUCCUACUCCCAUCGAAGCCGAAGGUUCCACGGCGCCUCAUCUGCCUGCUCGCCCUGGUAUGGCGGCUGAGGAGGAAUAUGGGGAUGCACCGCCGAGCUAUGAGGAUGCUAUUGCGAUGGAUGCGCCGCCGCCUGCUGCUGAGAGGCCGCAGUAUGCGCCUCCGCCGGCUGGGGAGGAUCAUUUGUUGAGGCAGGAUGAGAAGAGGGGGUGGGUUGGUUGA